GGGCUCUUGCCGGCUUUCAUCAGUAGGGGUCGUGCACUGUCAGCCUUUGUACUUCGGGAGUCACAUUCAAUGGGGGGGGGUCUCUCUCUCUCUCUCUCCCUCCCUCCUUCACUGCGCAGUCCCCAAACAUGGCGGAGACGGACUGAGAUCUGAGCCCUGAGCCACGCCGUGAGGGGACAGGAGUCCGCACCAGCCCCUCUCCCGGGGAGGAUAACUUAUUCUCCCAAGAACUCCUUGUUCCAAGGCAUCCGAUGCACCGAGAUCGCCUAUUGGAUUUGAACUUGAGGAUUACUAGCAACUGAAUGAAUGGGAAAGAGGAUUUUGCAGCUCUCAGUGCUGCCAUGUUGAAGACAGAACUCUAAAUGAAUGCAGAGUCACAGUAAACCACAAGCAGCUUGGCCUUCACAUAAGCACAGACCUUUCCAAGGAACCCAGUCCGGGUGGGUUUGACUGCAUCAGCAGUUGGCUUCCCAACAAUGAGAAAACCAGGGCCUCAAAAAGUGGUUUGGUGUUCCAGCAAAGUCUGAAAUUUGAGCACAGCUGUCAACAGGAGUAUUAACACAAUGCCAUCCACUCUUUGAGACAUUCUCUUGAACUUAAGUUGCAGAUUGGAAAGCUGGGAGAAGACAUAAGCAAGGUCGAAGUGGCCGCCCAUCCAAUGCUCCGUCUCCGUAUCAAGGUCAUUUCAGUUGGGACAAAUACCUUAAGGAGACAGGAGCUGUUGCUGCCCCUUCCUAUUGCUUUAAGCAGUCGUGCAUUCCACCUGUCAACGAGUUCAAGAUUGGAAUGAAGCUAGAGGCCAAGGACCCUCGGAACGUCACCUCAACCUGCAUCGCCACAGUGGUCGGAAUAACUGGCGCGCGACUGAGAUUGCGCCUCGAUGGCAGCGACAACAAAAACGACUUCUGGCGCCUGGUGUAUUCAUCCGAUAUUCAGCCGAUUGGAAGUUGUGAAAAGAAUGCGGGGAUGCUGCAGCCACCUCUGGGAUUUCGACUGAAUGCAUCUUCAUGGCCCAUGUUCUUGCUGAAGACUUUAAGUGGAGCAGAAAUGGCACCAGGCAGAAUAUUUCACAAGGAGCCACCUUCACCCUCGCAGAACUACUACAAGGUGGGGAUGAAACUGGAGGCAGUUGAUAGGAAGAACCCACACUUUAUCUGCCCUGCAACCAUUGGGGACGUGAGGGGGUCGGAAGUGUUGGUGACGUUUGACGGCUGGAGGGGAGCUUUCGAUUACUGGUGUCGCUACGAUUCUGGGGACAUCUUCCCUGUGGGAUGGUGCUCGAUGACUGGAGACAACUUGCAACCUCCAGGAGCAAAGGCCGUCAUUCCGAAGAACGUGCCGGCAGCACCAGAGGGGGAUCCCGAGAAGCAUAGUAUGCAGGCUUCGGUGAAGACCACGUCGGAACAGCUCGCCGUCCACCGUGGCCGAAAACCGGGCAGGAAGCGGAGCCGAGUGGGGCAGGUGGGUGACAGCCAACCGGAACUACAGCGCCUCGUCUCAUCUGCCACCAGACCUGUGGAGCCGCUGAAGAUCCCAAAGAAGAGAGGCCCGAAGCCAGGGAGCAAGCGGAAACCUCGUGCCCUUCAGAAUCCAGUCCCGACCUCCCCUACCACCAGCACACCAGAGCCCGACACCAGCACAGUCCCUCAAGAUGCAGCCACUAUCCCCAGCACAGCCAUCAUGCAGUCACCAACAGUGUGUGUUUACUUGAACAAAAGCGGCAACCCAGGACCCCACCUGGACAGGAAAAAAGUACAGCAACUACCUGAUCACUUUGGACCAGCUCGGGCUUCUGUGGUCUUGCAACAGGCUGUCCAGGCCUGUAUAGACUGUGCGUACAAUCAGAAAGUGGUGUUCUCCUUCCUGAAGCAGGGUCACGGUGGGGAGGUGAUAUCUGCCACAUUUGACCGUGAACAACACACGUUAAACCUGCCAGCAGUAAACAGCGUUGUGUAUGCACUGCGUUUUCUGGAGAAGCUGUGCCACAGCCUACGGUGUGACAAUCUCUUCGGGAAUCAACCUUUCAGUCAAUGCAACCCAGCCAACCACAACCCUUCUGACUACGAAAGUGACCGGUUCAUGCCAGGGAAAUAUGAAUCGGCCGAGAGGGGUGUUCAGGGACCAGACAGAGGAAUUAAAAGGUACACACAAGAUGCCCCACCAUACAGUGCACCACUUUCACCCAAAUUACCCAAAACUGAUCAGCACCCCUUUGAAGGUGAAACCUUCAUCCUGGAGGAUGGUCACCCGGGCCCCACGGAGCACCGUCUGGAUCCCAUGGAUUCCGCCCUUAAUUCCGUAAAUCCCUCCAGCCCAAUGAGUAGAAACUCCAGGGAGUUCCGAGCCUAUCGACCUCUGCAACACUCGAUGAGCCUCACGCAAAGCAGCGCAGGGUCAUUUCGUCGACUCAGUUCUGGAGGCUCUGACAGGUUUACAGGGGCUCGGGAUCCACCUCGUAUGAUCAGCAGAGAUCCAUCCAGCUGGGCGGUGGAGGAUGUGAUGCAGUUUAUUCGGGAUGCAGAUCCACAGUCGUUGGGCCCUCACGCAGACCUGUUCCGGAAACACGAGAUCGACGGCAAGGCUCUGCUCUUGCUACGGAGCGACAUGAUGAUGAAGUAUAUGGGACUGAAGUUAGGACCCGCCUUGAAGAUUUGCUACCACAUCGACAGACUGAAGCUGGGCAAAUUCUAAAUCUGAACUCAACAUGUCGGGAAUUAUCCAAAAUUCACAAAACACCAGUGGGAGCCACUCCCCAGUUGUCCACAGAAAGAAACUCGAUAAUGGGGAUAUACCCAGUUCUGGGUCAGCUUUCAAACGGCAAGGAUCUUUCUUGGAUACCAGUCAACGCAUUACAUGUACUCUGAAGCAACAUAGAUUUUGGCUCUAUAGAACCAUGGUAACAGAGGUAUAGCCUUGGUCCGGACCAUUAUACAUCCUUCUCAUUUUCUGAACCAGACGAAUAUUUCUAUCCAACUGAGAUGAAGUAUUAUUAAGAAAACACUCCAGAUAUUGGUGUUGUGUAUCAGUCAUAUUUCUUUCUGCCAAUUUAUAUCAUUUAUCUUUUUUUUACUUAUUCCUCUCACCUGUUGGAUCUGCUGUAUCUGGUGGCCCUGAUUGGUGUUAAAACAGGAAAGGCUAGAAAUGGUCAGCAGAUCCGACAGCUUCUGUGGAGAGAGUAACAGUGUUUACAAUUAAGAUCAAUGAAUUUUCAUCAGAAUUUACAUUAGCUGCAGUAUUUUUCUUUUAUGUUGGCUGUGAUUGGCAUUUGCUUGUGACCUCAACACCACUUGACAAGUUCUUACAUUUUUAAAGCUGUAUGAAAGAGUCACAGCAGGUGAUGAUGGCAUGUCUUUUGCUCCUAGUCUAAUCAGUUAAGUAAAGCAGGGGCCAGCUUUUGGAGAGGCAAGUCCUCAAUGCUAUGGGGCAAACGUGUGCAUGCACACCCAAUAAUUGCAUUGUCCCAGAUGCUUAUCAGAGGUCUCAUGGCCCUGUUUGCUCUCCCCUUCUACACAACCCUGAGAUUUUUCCCUACGACUUCGAUCUGAACUAAGUGUCCCGGAGGAGAGCAGUAGUAAAGACAUCGCUGUUUCCCAGAAUGUUCCUUUCACAAGCAGAUCCUGAUUUCGUCCUACUUUAGGUUUUGUCAGCUGCUUUUAGUUGCCAACUCUUGAGUUUUUGUACGAAGCACCACGCAACAGAGUUGAGCACAAACCUUCCCCAACUUCCACCUACUGCAGCCAUUAAUAAGACAGUCUGCAUUUAUCAAGUGCUUUUAAUAUAGGUGCUUUACAGGAGCAUUAAUAAAAGUGACCAAGAGCUCUGGCAAAGAGACCAAGUGCGUCAGAGGAAACCUAUUAAUGGCAGUGUUACAUUAAAUUUCCGGUGCCAAUUUUUGACCUUACUCACACCUCCACCCUCUCUCUCCUCUGGAGGUGCUGCAGGAGCCAGGCUACAAGGGUGCUGACAAACUCCCACUACUUACCCUAUCUGUGUUUUGCGUUGGCAUGUUGACAAAGGUUAUUAUCACCGAGCUGAAUGCUGCCCUCACCCAACGUACACCCUACACUGGUUCACCAACAGUGGCUGAGCAUCAAACCCACUGUAAAACACCAAAUACGGCCCCAGGUGAGAUUGGUACCUGGAACCUCGUAGCUUGUAUUGGCCAGGUGAAGACUGGUCUUAUUGACAAAACUAUCAGGAAAAAUUAAUGGUUUGAUGAAUUGCGUGAUUCUUCCAGUAUUACAUAGAAGGUACAAUAAUGUCCGGGUGAUUCAUGCUACAUCUUUAUCCUCAGUGAGCAAUACAACCUUCAAUUCCUUUCUCAUUCACACGUUUCUUUUGCUCCUACAUAAAUGCAACUCUGUUCAAGUCACACAACACAUAUCGCUGGUCAAUCAUCAUCGCUGGGUCUAAAUCCUAGACCUUCCUCCCCAACAGCACUGUAGAAGCACCCCCUUCACCAGAAGGACUGCAGCAGUUCAAGAAGGCAGAUCACCUCCUCAAGGACAAUUAGGGGAUGAGCAAUAAAUGUCUGAUGACAACCUCUGCGUCCUGAAAAUGAAGACUAAAAUUCAUACUCUUCUGAACUAUGCAUUAUACUAAGGUUGAAUACAAAGAAUGGGGAAAUCCCUUAAACACAGACCAGGAUAAGUAGAAUUUUGUUUUACUUCUCAGAUUGCUGUUUUUAAAUUAUCUUUAAGAAGUUUUGCAAGAGCUGAUUUGUUCUUGCAAAUCGGAGAGGAGAAUUGGGCAAUUUUAGACAAAGCCAUUGCCCAAGAGCUUCUCUGGUGUCUGAAAGAUGCCCUCCACAGCACAUGCUUAACUAGAAGUGAAUUAAGUAAUUGCAACAGGGUUUUGCCUUUAGGUCAAUGAAUUACAGCCACUUUUAAUACUCUGGAAAGGCACAAAAAUAAUUUCUGCAGCAUGUCAUUUAACAUAACCUUCAACAUCACUCACCCAUCAGUUUGGCUCUUUAGUGAAUUUCUGUCAUCAGCGUAUCAAUACUCUUGGCUGAUAUUUCAGUCUCAUUUGAUGAUGUUUCCCAUCCAAGGUGAUCUUCAGGAUUUACCACACAGUGAAAUGUUCUGUUUCUUGAUCAGGAUACAUUUGGCUCUGGAGAGAAUUUUGAGCUUGAUAGUUUGGGGUUGAAGCUCAGGUGACGUAGGAGGCCUUUUCUCUGGAAUAAUUUCUGCACUCCAAAUGUGUGACGUUCAAUAACUCAUUCUUAAGGCCAAGUUCAGUGCAAAUUUCUAUGCAAGGCUCCACCAGGUGGAAACUAAUGAAAUAAUGUUCAUUGAUUAAUCGCAAUUCAAGCAAGAUGUGGAAGGUGCACCUCAGACGUUGACGGACAACGUGUUUCUCUCCUGUGGUCUGUGUACUUAAUCUCCUUGCUGAUUGUCGGUAACUUCCCCAGAUAUUCCAUUAAACUCUUUCUAACCCCUGUUUAGCUCAGCCAAUUGAGAACACGUUAGAAGUCAGCAUGGAGCUGAGAACACCAUUUCUCAGCCAGGGGGUAGGGUAAAUGGGAUGGAGUUGACGGUCUGAAAGGGUGGCAGAAGCAGAAACCUUCAGAAAAGUUCCUAGAUGACCACUUGAUUUGCUACAACUCACCGAGCUGAGGCCAGGAGCUGGGCAGUGGGAUUAGUCAGAAAAACUGAUCGUUUAACUUGACAUGGGCAGGAUCAGCUGAAUGUUCAUUGCCAUAAGUUUCCAUGAUGGUAAAACAUUGAAAAGAAAAACGAAACACUGGGGUUAUGAAAACAAUAAAAGGACCUUUUGGUUUUAGCAUGCUGGUGUACAUCAGAGGAAUAGCUCGUCCUAACAACGAUGGCCCCAAAUCCUUGACGAAUACACAAACCUCCAGUGAACUGUCUCCAACUGCAGGUUUGGUAUCUACACCAGGGAAGUUUUUCGUCAUGCUGAGAUACAGAUGGUGGGGUCUGAGGGGGUCAUUUGUCUUUGGCUAGUCAGAGUGAUGAACUUUUUCUAGUCAACUCUUCACUGCCAAUGUGAACGAGUGUCAUUACCCACAGCUGCAGGGAACGCCUCAAGCCAUUAAUUAGCAAUGACUUUUGCUGCGUGACUUUCUCCAGAAUGCAUCUUAAAAUUGAGUGUCUGUGAUAAAAUUACUGACCGCUUACAACUGAGAUUCUAAAUGGAUCAGGCAUUUGAGAAUGGUCUAACAUUCUGCUUUGAUCAACAGUUUGGUGAGUGAAGGGCCACUAAAUCAUGACCAGACUAUUGCUUUCUUGGUCUUGCAAAGGCCCUGGUAUGUACGAAUGUCAAGCUUGGUCUCUCAUGUGGCUUAAACAGACAUGUUAGAUUUGUGCAUUGGAAUAUCAGCACACAACUUUGUUCAUGAAAUAAACCAAUAAUUUAUUGUAAAA